GUUCCAGGGCUCAAUCUCGACGCGUACUAUUACCAAAUGACAAAACUACCCUACUCCGUUCUGUUUCCGUCCUGUUACUUCUCUCGUUAAUUUCCGAACAGAUGCUGUCCUUUUUAGUAGUUUCACUUUUCACCAUAUCUUUCUUUGUUCACCAUCCCCAAAACCAACACGUCUCCCUCUGCAACUCCUCACGAAUCGCCCAAUUUCUCCAAAUUUCUUUCUUCAAUUAUGAAUAAAUUUGUUAUUUUGCAGUGUUUUCGAAUGUAGAAUUUCGAUUUCUCUGAUUGAUUGUGUUUUUGGCGGUUCCGAUCUGAUUGUUUUGGGAGAUCUGAUAUCAUGGCGGCGGGGACAAUGGCGACAGCGGCGGGGGCUGCGGUGAUACUGUACUAUAUAUGGAGUAGGAGAUUGGCGGUGAAAGGAGGUGGGGAGGAGGAGGGGGAGGAUGGGUUGACGAAAUCUAGCAGAUCGUUGAAGAGGAGGAUUGCGAGGCGGCCUGCUCAGGCUCCGGCGACGUGGUUUGAGGCCUUGGCUACGAUAUCUGAGACGUUGAGGUUCACGUAUUCGGAGACUCUUGGGAAAUGGCCGAUUGGUGACUUGGCUUUCGGCAUCAAUUAUCUCAUGCGGAGGCAGGGAAAUUUACAAGUUGCCAGUGUGUAUGCCGGAAAUAAUUCUGUGGAGCUGAAUGGACCUGAAAUUAUCGGAGAGUUGAAUAGCCUCCUGAGGUUGCUGACUCUUUGCAUGCUUUUCUCAAAGAAGCCAUUUCCGGUGUUUUUAGAAUCUGCUGGUUACUCCAAGGAUGAUGUUCUUCUUCAGAAGCCCAAAGCAGGGCUUCUGAAGCCUGCUUUCACAAUCAUCCGUGAUAACAGUUCAAAGUGUUUCCUUCUAUUGAUUCGUGGUACUCACGGCAUCAAAGAUACACUAACAGCAGCAACUGGUGCUGUGGUUCCUUUCCAUCAUUUGGUUUUACAUGAUGGUGGGAUCAGCAAUUUAGUUUUAGGAUAUGCACACUGUGGAAUGGUUGCUGCAGCCCGUUGGAUUGCAAAGCUUAGUGCUCCAUGCCUUCUUGAUGCUCUUGGUAAAUAUCCUGACUAUAAAAUUAAGAUUGUUGGGCAUUCACUUGGUGGUGGCACUGCUGCGCUGUUAACAUACAUUAUUCGUGAACAAAAAGAAUUCUCCUCUAGUGCUUGUGUUACUUUUGCCCCAGCUGCCUGUAUGACAUGGGAUUUAGCAGAAUCAGGCAAGCACUUCAUUACGACUAUUAUCAACGGAUCCGACCUUGUGCCUACUUUCUCAGCUACUUCUGUUGAUGACCUUCGUUCUGAGGUCACAGCAUCAUCUUGGCUAAAUGAUUUGCGGGAUCAGGUUCAACAAACUCGGGUCUUGAGUGUUGUUUUUCGUUCUGCAACAGCACUGGGCUCCAGGCUGCCAUCUAUUGCUAGUGCAAAGGCAAGAGUUGCUGGUGCUGGAGCACUUCUACGUCCUGUUUCAAGCAGUACUAAGGUUGUGAUGAAGGGUGCCCAGAAUGUUGCUCAAGCUGUUGUAAGAAGCCGUUCAACUCUAUCUGCAUGGUCAUGCAUGGGUCCCCGACGUCGUAAUGUGGUCCCAACAUUGAACUCCAAGGAGGAGGAUUUGCCAGAAGCUUCAGUAAUUACUGAAAGAAAUUGUGAAACCCUUGUGACUAAAGUGGUAAUUACAGACCAAGUACAAAAUGAAUUGGAAAAUAAUUCACAUGGUGGAUUGGGGCAUGACGACACAGACGAAGAUGAGCCUCUGAUUGCAAGGAAUAGAGUAAUGACUACAACCACCAUGGAUGAGAUUACCGAAGGGGAGUUGUGGUAUGAACUAGAGAAGGAGCUUGAGAGGCAGAAGAGUGAAGUUGAUCUCCAAGCCCAGGCAGAAGAAGCAGCAGCGGCAAAAGAAAUAACAGAGGAGGAGAAAGUUCUGGCUGAUGCAGGAAGCGAAAACCCCAUCUCUUCCUUGGAUGUUUCAGAGAACCUCCGGUUCUAUCCCCCGGGGAGAAUCAUGCAUAUGGUUUCUGGACCUUCAACUGAAGCCACUAAUCUAGAUCCUGACGCACUCCCCAAUGAAGAACAUCUAGGUAUAUACGAGACACCUAGAGAACUUUAUAGUAAGAUUCGACUUUCAAGAACAAUGAUUAAUGAUCACUAUAUGCCAAUGUAUAAGAAAAUGAUGGAAUUGUUAUUAAGGGAACUAGAAAAGGGUGAAGCUUGUAGCUGUAAUGAAGUGUUGUCACAGGAUUGAAUAUUAAAGUAAAAGAAAUUAUCGCAUUUGUUCCAUCUGGAUCGUGUAUAGAGAAAUUUAUUGCUUGUGGCCGCUCUCUCUAGGAAGUGGAGAAAACAAUAUCAAUGAGUGGCGGGGUGUUAACGAGACGGAUUGCUUGCUUGAGAAAGUGACAAAUACUCUCUGCUUUUACUAGUAGUGUGGUACUCUCUACAGACAAAUUCUGCAACAUUGUGAAAGAUAUGUCUUUAGCGUUUUGCUAAUUUGUGAAAGAGGCGUUCGUCGUUUUAGCUGAGGUUCACAGAAAGAAAGUUUCAUCUUUGAU